UUUGAGGCAAAUUUUGAAAACUGUCAGAGGAUUUACUUGCAGCAAGAGAGCUCGCUGCAUCUGCUUCUGAAGCUGUGGCAAAUCCAGAAAGGAAAUGAAACAGAGACGAGCCAAUGAGGCAAAAAAUAUGGGGCCAGCUCAAAUCUGCUGCAGAGGGCCUUCGGCCAAAUGUCUAAUAAAAAAAGGCAAUUGCAGAGUCUGAAAUCUAAAGUCAAUUUUGAUCGCCUGGGUGAAUUAUUUAAUGAACUGGAAAAAACGGAUGAUCCCAAAAAAGAAAAGAAAGCACGAUUUGAUCCGCCCCUAGAUAAUCAUGACAACUCACAGUCAUUUGAGCACAAAAAAGACGAUGAGAUGGGAUCAGUGGAUGAAUUUGAAGAUGAUAUGGGGGAGAUGUAUCAAAGUGGGUUGUCUACUGAUAAUAUUGCAGAUAAAUAUUUCCCUGAGGAUGAUGGAUACGGCUAUAACGAUUAUGAUUAUUAAUGAAAGAUGCCAGAUGAUCUUUCUGCUUUGAUUAUCUGAUUUUUUAUCCAUUGGUAUCCAACGUGGCUGGCAGCAGUGGAACCAUAGUUGUCAGACAAAAUUCCUUGAAACCUAAGUUGCCAUCUGAUUAGCAAGUAUCUCUAAUGAGUUUACCUAUUUAAUCAAUUCCAAUUGCUUUUUAA